CCGGGUAAAGCCGUACGGCCAACAUUGAGAGAGAGAGAGAGAGUAAAGCCUCUCAUGUCCUCAGUCGAUUCUUCGUCUGUUGGUAACGUCAGUUGCGCAACAAGAUGCCCUUUUAUCAAUUUAAUCCAUUCACUGGUGGAUUAAAGUCGUCUACCAGUUUUCAACCGCUCUAUCCUCUUUCUCCUCUUCCUUUACAGAAGACAGAACGAGUAAUGAUAUACGAUACCAUCAAGACUAAGCCAGUGGCUGUUACAGCGAAAGCUGGCUACUGCACCGACAAACCACGUACUUUAGAUCCAAAAAUGUGGACAAAAUUCAAGCAUUUCCAGGCUCAUAUUGAUAAGCCAGUUUACCUACUGGGUGGCAAAAAAGAUAAGUUAUUGUUUGGAUUUACUGUUUUAUACGUUGCUGUUUGUACAGCACAAUCAGCUGUAUUUUUGAUUAAAGAGGGUAUACUGGGAUCUUAAUAAGAACAUUUUAGAUAAUGGAUAUUAUAGUCAUUAUAGUUAUGUGCAUUGACAUUAAAAGUGUUAAUGUUGAAAACUAA